AUUUGGUGGGCAGCAGCAGGAACCAGUACCGACACAGGCAGGAAGUACCGAGGUUAAGCGCGCCAUAAGCCAGCCUUUGGAAUCUGGUGUUCUGCUCUGAUCUCAAGUUCCAGCACGAUUCUGGCAUUGUGCUCGAACUGAAUAAAUAAGGUUGGUCGCUCUUUUGCCUACACGGCACUAGGCUCCUGGCUCCAUGGAGAGGGCCUUGAUGGGCGACCCGUUGUCCAAGCUCACUGACGACGUCCUCGUGGACAUCAUAUCGCGUGUGUCGUACAAGUCGACCUGCUGCUGCCAGUGCGUCGCCAGGCGUUGGCGCAAUCUCAUCUCCCACCCUGAUCACCGCACGAAGCUACACCAGCCGACCCUGGCCGGCUUCUUCUUCGAAUCCUACAACAGUACAUACGACUACCCCAAGAUGGCCCAGUAUGAGAUGGGUCAUUAUUACACUAGAGUCUCAAACGAUGGCUGGCCUCACUACCACCCAUCCCUCUCAUUUCUGCCCAAAUGCAAGAGCCUUGACAUCUUAGACUGCUGCAAUGGCCUCCUCCUCUGCCGCUGCUGGAAGCCAACUUAUCCCAAGACAUUGGAUUACGUGGUGUGCAAUCCCGCUACUGAGAAAUGGAUGAUAGUGCCGGCCACCAACUGGUCUAGCCAGGUGGAGGUCGCCCGCUUAGGGUUCGACCAAGCCGCCUCCUCCCACUUCCAUGUGUUUGAGUUCAUAACUGAUAGUGUUUGGGGCCACAAAAGGGGCCAUCACGAUGGAAACAUCAAAGCGGUGGGUAUCUACUCUUCUAAGACUAAAGGUUGGAGUCACACGGUCACAGGUUGGGGCAAUGGAACUAGGAUAUCUAGUGAUUCAAAAAGCGUCUUCUUCAGUGGAAUGUUGCAUGUGACUACCAAUUAUUUGGUACUAGCCGUUGACGUGGAGGGAAAUAACUGGAAGAUAAUUCAUCUUCCUAUGCCACCAUGCACUGAUAAUGCUACUCCGAAAGAUAUCUUUCCAACACAGGGACAAUUGUAUUUUGCUAACAAUGGUGCUUCCAAUGGUUUUGAACUAUGGGUUCUUGAAAACUAUGACAGUGAACAUUGGACCUUGAAGGCUAAGGCCAGCUAUUUGGAAAUGUUCGGGACAAAUCAUUCCUAUUAUGAUUGUGGUUACAGUGUUAUCUCAGUCCGUCCGGAAGAAAAUGUGUUUUUCAUAGUUUGUGGGAACAAGGCGUCAGUAGUAUCAUAUAAGAUGGAUUCCUUGAACCGGAAUGUCAUAGAUGACAUUGUAUGGUCCAAGACGCCUUAUAUUCCAUACGUCCCCUUGUUCUCAGACUCAGAGUCAUUGGCUGAUGAGCAUCAAGUCUUACUUCAGUAGUGCAGGUACACAAUUUUUUUAAAUUUCUGAUGGUAUUGUAGUUUGGUCUUCAAUAUGAGUAACUUUGGCAGACCUUCAUGAAGUUGUGACGGUUCUGCCCGGUCAUUCAUGUACCCAACUUUAUAUAUGCUUUUAGCUAUUGCAGUUAACUUAGUAAAUAUGCCCAUGUAUGUGUACUUGUCUAUUUGCAUGGCCGCUGACAGUCAUGCAAAUAGACACAUUAAUCAUGAUUAAAAACACAUUAAUCUACAUAAUAAACACAUUAAUCAUGGUUAAAAACACGACCAUAGUGUUAUUUGCAUGGCCGCUGACAGUCAUGCAAAUACCCUAGAACUUAACCAUGAAUAACACUAUGGUCGUGUUUUUAACCAUGAUUAAUGUGUUUAUUAUGUAGAUCUGGGUCUCUGCUUAAUUCUCUUUGCAAAAAUUUAUCUGUGUUGUGGUUCUGGAUUAAAUUUUUGCAACCUGUAUAAAUCUUAAGUUGGUUGCUCUUGUUAUGUCAGUGCAUGCUUAACUCAUAACGAGUUGCUUAAUUACCUGCUUUUAUAUCAGAACAGUGUUGGUUAUUCAUGGAAAAGUGUCUGCUCGUUUUACCAUAUAGCUACUCCAUUUUUAUCUUUCUUUUGAGCAGUAGAGCUUUCUUGCGCAGUACAUGGAGUUGUAGUACCCUAGAACUUAACCAUGGAGUUGUAAUAUCCUACAACUUACGCAUGGAUACUAUGAUCGUUUUUUUAAACAUGAUUAAUGUGUUUAAUAUCUAGGUUUGGAUCUCUGCUUAUUUCUCUUUGGAAACAGUUCACCUGUAUUGCAAUUCUUAGAUUCAAACUUCAGUGUAUACCUUGAACUUUCUUUCUGUCUUUGGAGAAGUUUACAUCCCCUUCUUUUGCUUUGUCGUGCUACAGAAUGUUUCUAUCCUAUUUCUUUUAUAUAUUUGAUUGGAGCUUUUGUUAUUUAUCCUAUCAAUGAAAUACAGUUUUGGGAGUUUAAACUGGAUAUGUGUUGUUUCUAGUUUUUCUUAUUACAUGAUUCAUUUAUUCCAGUAUCAGAUGUUCACAAUUGGUAGUGAAUGAUGGCUUCCCCUUGAAGGAGAUGUCUACCUUGUAUUGUAAAUCUCAGGCUGUUUACUUGCUUUUAUAAUGGACUAGUGAUGAUCAAUUAAUCAUGGAUAAAAUGUUUGAUGGUUUCACAUUUUAGCUAUUUGCUUUUGCUUUUGUUUGCUGUAGAUUUAUUUCUAUGUACUGCUCUAUGCUAUCAAUGUGAGCAGACAGAGCAGCAGUCCAGAUUGCAAGUCAUCCAAGGAAGUUGUCAAACAGUAGCUCGUUCAAGACAAUUUGUUCAAGAUCAAAUAUCGCAGGACACUAAAGGUUACUUUCUAGUUAUUAAUCUCUAGCUAGGAAGGCAUUGUUGGCGCAAACACUAUCCCAUGCCCAAUGAGUGGGUUAAUGUUCGCCACGCACUACAGCAUUCUUUUUGUUGGGCCGGCCUUGCUUCCACGAGCUCCCGUGCUGCCUUAUCUUCUUGUUCCUCUCUUCUCAUGUAUCCACUUCUGCAGUUCUCUCGUCUUGUUUUCCCCCGAUUCCACGGUGGAGUAUUUUACCGUCUUCCUUGAGGGGCCUUAGGGUUUUGUUCAUUCGCAUUCGGAUUCAAUCGAUUUUGGUAUGUAUUCUUCUAAUCCCUUGUUUCUAUCCACAUGUUGCUGCUGCCAGGUUUGCGAUUUUUCUCUCUUGUGUUCUACUUGCUCCUAUCUAACCGUCAUGUGCAAAGGUUUGGAUCAUUCCAUUGUAUUCUUUGGUGCUAUCCUAUUGUUUGUUACAUUCCUUCAAUUGUUUAUCUGGCAUGCAACUUCUACUUCUUCCAUGAAUUAUUUGCUUUCUUUCCCGUUCUUGCUAAUGGCAGAGCAAAUGUCAGCAACUUUAUCCAUCCUCAUGGAAUAACUCAAUUUUGUUCUUUGUUUUCUUUCCCAUUCCUGCUGAUGUGCAAUCUCUUCGUGAGAAGCUUCUUUGCCAGGUAAUAACAGGCAGACACAAUGCUCUUCAGAUUCCAAUAGUGAAGAAUUUUGUCAACAAGCAUGUAUGUUUCCGACCAGAACAUUCCAAAUGUUUUAACUCUUUUUUUAGGGAGAAAUGUUUAGCAAUGACAUUCCUUUUUUUUUAUUAGAGGCUCCUCACCUUAUUCGCCCACAAGUAGCACAACUUUUCAAAAUUGUAUGAUUGCAGAUUUUCUUCUAGAAAACAACUUCUACAUUUUUUCCUUGUUAUUGAGAACAGUAAUUAUGAAUUAUUUAAAUGCUUUUGUUCCUAUGCAGUGUAGAACCAAUUAAUUCUGUUAUUUUGGAUCAAGCACUAUCAUUUUGCAUCGAAGUUCACGAGCUACUGCACUUUGGAAGAAGCAGCUAACCAACUAGAAAUUUGUCCUGAUCGGAAAAAAAAAUACUACUCCCUCCGAUUCUAAAUUGUUGUCAAAAUAUUAUAUGUAUCUAGACGCUUUUCAAGAAUAGAUACAUUCAUAUUUGGGCAAAUUUGAGUCAAGAAUUUAGUAUAAGAGGGAGUACAAGAUUGUCCUGCUUUGUACUGUACUAAUGCAACAAUGUGUCGCUACCAUCUAUUGGAAAAUUUUCACUUCAA